UUUGUUUCCUUCAAACUCAAUUGAAUUCACACCCCUUUUUUUAGCUAUCUGUAAAUACUACUUGCAAAAUAAAAAUGAACAGCAACGUCAUACCGACCAGCCCUCCCCGCAGAAGCCCAAACAUCCUGAUAACCGGGACACCGGGCACGGGAAAGACAACGACCUCCGAGAUGGUAGCGCUGGCAGCGGGACUCGAAAAGGUAACUGUCGGAGACCUUGUCAAGGAGCGCAACCUACACGACGGAUACAACGAAGACUUUGACACAUACUGGCUGAACGAAGACAAGGUGGUUGACGAGAUGGAGAGCAUGAUGGCUGCAGGCGGCAUAUGCGUUGACUUCCACACAUGCGGGUUCUUCCCCGAGAGGUGGUUUGAUCUCGUCGUUGUACUGAGAGCAGAUACCAAGAACGUGUACGACCGGCUGGAGGGCCGUGGAUACAAGGCUAAUAAGAUCAAUGAGAAUGUUGAAAGCGAGAUCAUGCGGGUCGUUUUGGACGAGGCCUUGGAGUCGUACCAAGAGGAUGUUGUGCUAGUGCUGGACAGCAACACAGUGGAUGAUAUGGAGACGAAUGUCGAAAAGAUUGCUGUACUUGUGGAGCGGUUCCGGGAGGAGCACCAGCACAUCCAGUAAAUUCAAUUUUGAUCAGAUUUUUGCUGAACUGCGACAUGCGCGUUUAGAAGCUCAAUACAUACAAGAUGGAAAUUUUACGGUAAAUAUCAGAUAUUUAAAUCUCUACUCGAGAAAUAAACAAACGAAUGUGUUUUUUCUGGAACCAAAUGGGAUUUUAGGUUGUCAUUUUAGAAUGGUUGAAU